UAGUGUAGCGGCGGUCGAAGGCACAUUCAUCCGUCCCAUCUGCGAGCUCAGUUGCACGGAACGUUGCAAGUGGACAUCAGAGCGCUUCUGAGAAGUCACGGGUACUAGGUACAAGAACAUGGACACACUUUCCAAGGACCUCCUCCAGGAACUAGAGUGUCCUGUCUGCAUGGAGUACAUGCUGUCACCCAUAACCAUGUGCGAGAAAGGCCACAACAUCUGCAGCAACUGCAGAAGGGUUCUGACCAAGUGUCCGACCUGUAAUCAACAAUUCAUCAACGCCAGGAACGUAUCCCUCGAGAAGCUGGCCCGAGAUAUGCAGUAUCCGUGUAUCUACAGGAAAUCCGGUUGUAAGAAAGUCAUUUUCCAAGAAGAGAUAUCAGGACAUCAAGCAGAAUGUCCUUACGGUUCCCAUAUGUGUCCUUUCGCAAAACUAUCAAAUGAUAACUGCAAGUGGGAAGGUGCGGUUGCUGAUAUCAAAGCCCACAUCCGAUCUGAACAUCAUGGGCGUCUCAGUGUCGUCAAGGGAAAGCAGUCAAUCGUCUGCACAAAUUACACUUACUGUAGGGCGCUGUUUGCCGUUGGCGAAGUUUUCCUGUAUUUCUCCAAAGUUAAGGACGGUGUAUUCUACAUCUGCAUCCUGUAUGUUGGACCAAAGGAGAGGGCAACAGACUUCAGAUACAAGAUAACGAUCACCACAACGGACAGAAGGGAAACAGCGUCAAUGAGUUUGAUGACCAGAAGCUUCAUGGAAGAUAUUCAGGAAAUAUUUGGAAAUGGGAAUUGUGCUUUUUUCCAUUAUAAUUUUGUUAUGAAUUGUACACGUGUGUUCAAGGGGCUACCAAUUGAAAUUGAAAUUACGUCUGUUGACAGAUAAGUGAUAUUUCUUGAGGGUAUUAACUCGAAGUGUUUAGAUGGGCACUAAAGAAAGCGAGACAAGUGUAACCGGACUUACUCAGUAGAGGUGACUGUCGUUGUACACUGUUUUGUUAUCCGCGUGUUCCAAUCUCUGUUGUCUUAUUUCAGUGUCAUGCGCAACAUCAGCUUUCCACUAGCAGCUACUGCAGAGGCCGCUGCGCAUGCCCAGUGAGUUGUGCGCGAAGCUCCCCUCACUCGACCGCCUCUUUGGUCCAGUGGUCAGAGUUCCUGGCUACAGAUCCAGAGGUCUGGGUUCGA